AUGUCGACGGCCUCUUCGGAAGUGGAACAACUGGAGGAUCACGAGGAGUUGGAGUCAAAUCCGGAUGGCUCUCCUGCGAUGGCAUGCGGUCCCUCGCAGCCAGGAGACAUGUCGAUGAUUGCCCGCAGUUGGGAUACAGCGAUGCGUGAGCUGCUUCACAGUGUCCCACGUUUGGCUCGGGAUGUCAAGGGAGCGCCUCUUUUGUCACAACACAUCAACUCCAUGGAUUCCCAAGGCCUGGCUUUGUUGGUCGCGGCGCUCCGUCCCCAAUUGCCUGAACUCGCUUGUGAUGCAGCCGGUGCCGGAGUGGUGCAGCAAAUCUUUCGAAGCUGCUCUGAAACGCCGGCACUGCGGUUUCAGCUGAUCCAAAGUCUGCAGGGAUGCAUCCAAAAACUGACCAAGGCCUUGGAAUCUGCAACAUGGGAGAUGCAGAUGCCCAUCAUGACUGAGCUCAAGGGAAAGGUGUUCUAUUGCAGUCGCCACAUGCACGGCAACUUUGUGAUGCAGAAGGUGAUUCAAACCUUGCCGCCGAAUGCAUUGGGCUUCAUGAUCACCGAACUCAAGGAGAAUGCAGUGGCCGCAGCACUGCAUAUCUACGCGUGCCGAGUGCUGCAGCGUUUGAUUGAAUGCUGCGGGGUGGCCACAUCUGACUUAGUGGACAUCCUGCUGCAACCAGGUGAACAACUUCAACGCUUGGUCAAGGACCCCUACAGCAGCAACGUGAUUCGUUCAUUGGUGGUGUGCGGCAAUGUGAGCCAGGUUCAAAUCGUAAUGCGACUCUUCAGCACGGAUGUGAUGAAGUUCUCACGCAACCGCCAUGCAAGCUUGGUCUUGGAAAAAUGCUUGGAAGUGUCUGCCUUUGGAGUGAAAGCCGCUUCCCUCACUCAGGAACGCCGGGAGCUGAUGAACGCCUUCUUCAGCACGUCCCGCAGCGCUUCUCCGCCGCUGCUGCAGAUCAUGCUGGACCGGAUCCGCUCCCGUCCCGGUGACGUCCGUCCCCGCCGUUUGCGGGGGACCGGCGGGAGCGCCCGUCCCAUACGUUCCGGUGCUCGGGUUCUGCACAGCGAAGAACGCCGAGCCCGGUUCCCAUGUCGUGGGGUCGAAGCACCCGUCGGUUCGCACCGUCGGUUCGUGGUCCUGGCUCGGUGA